GGACAUUGUUCCAGCUAAUGAUUAAGAACUCUCCAGACAAUAGGGGCUUCUUAGACAAUGGGUGAAUUUCCAGGAUGUCCGGCCCCCUUCCGAGAAGGAGGGAGAUAACAAAAUGUAAAAAAGGUGUCUGUCAAAGACCAAUCAGGCAGCUGGGGACAAGUUCCCUCUCUGGUCCGAGCCUAAGCCGGGACCAAUCAGCAGGAGAACACAACCAAAUCUAUAAUUUACAUACGGGGAAAUGGGAACCUAUAAAACUGACAUAUUCGCGCCCAAAAGGGUUCCUUCUUCGACCUCCUACGUGAGGACCAAGGAACCCCGGUGCACCGGCCUUCAAUAAACCUCUUGCGUUUUGCAUCGGCUUCCGACUCUUGUUGUUUCCUGGGCGAGUCGAAACUCCUAGGAGACCGCGCAGGUCUAACAUUUGGGGGCUCGUCCGGGAUUCCACUCGCCCCGGACCACAAGAACAUCGGGAGUUGGAGGUACCAGGUAAGCUCGAGCUUGAUUGUCUGUUUGUCCCUUGUUCUUUGUGGGCCAUUAUCGGAGGAAAGCCGUAAGAAUCGGCUUAUUAUGGAAUCUGUAUCGGACCUCUGGCUAGGCAGACGUGCUAAUAGCCGGCGUCCAUGAGCCCUAGGGGACGCCCUGGUGGCUCAUCUGGAAGGAGAGGCAAACUCUGUCUCCCCUUCACUCGGUUUCGGCAGUUCCCUUGGUGAUAACUGCCAUCUGAAGAGGUUUCGGUUUUGAAGCGAGCUCGCGGUGGCCCAUGUGUAUAUGUGUUUCGUGGAGUUUUUAACUGUUUCUGUAUUGUGGUCUAUUCUUCUUCUCUGACGGACGACAAUGGGACAAACUAUGACGACUCCUCUUUCCCUUACCCUAAGCCAUUGGACCGAAGUUCGGGCCAGAGCCCAUAAUUUUUCGGUAGAGGUAAAGAAAGGAAAGUGGCAGACUUUGUGUGCCUCUGAAUGGCCAACAUUUCAGAUAGGAUGGCCCCCCGAAGGAUCCUUUUUAUUAGACAAGAUUAAGCUGCUGAAGUCUAAGAUAUUUAAUAUAGAUCCCCACGGACAUCCAGACCAAGUACCAUAUGUCUUGGUCUGGGAAGAUUUAAUUCUCUCCCCACCUCCGUGGGUCCGGCCCUUUGUUUCCUCAACAGGUACGUCCGCGCACACAUCAGCAGCGUCGGAGAUAUUAGCCUUAAAGAAAAACCCCAACACGGAGAAGCUACCCGACGCCCCGGAUCCACCGAAGGCGAUUUAUCCUGACCCGCAGUCCGAUUUGCUUCUUUUGGAUUCCCCACCCCCUUAUCCUCCGGCCCCAAAUCCCCUACCACCUAGAGGACCCCCAGCUCCACUGCCCUCGGCACCAAAGGAACCAUCCAUGAUGGAAGAAGAAAGGGGUCCCUCAGCGGGCACUAGGAGCCGGAGGGCUAUCUCCCCGGACUCCACUGCCCUACCUCUUAGAGAAUAUGGCCCCCCCGACGGCCAAGGGAAUAGACCUCUCCAAUAUUGGCCCUUUUCCUCUGCAGAUCUUUAUAAUUGGAAAAUGCAUAACCCAACUUUUUCCGAAAAUCCACAGGCCCUUACCGCUUUAAUAGAAUCUCUUGUUUUCUCCCACCAGCCCACAUGGGAUGAUUGUCAGCAGCUGCUUCAGACUCUCCUAACGACUGAGGAGAGGCAACGGGUUCUUUUAGAAGCCAGAAAAAAUGUAUUAGGCGCCAAUGGGCAACCUACCCAGCUGCCUAACGAGAUUGAUGCUGGUUUCCCACUCGUCAGGCCAAACUGGGAUUUCAAUGCCCCGGAAGGUAGGGAGCGCCUGAAAAUGUAUCGCCAGGCUCUGGUGGCGGGUCUCCAUGGAGCGGCCAGACGGCCCACUAAUUUGGCUAAGGUAAGGGAAGUAACUCAGGGGCCCCAGGAAUCGCCAACUGUGUUCCUGGAACGUUUAAUGGAAGCCUUUAGACGCUUUACCCCUUAUGAUCCAACUUCGGAGGGACAUAGGGCUACUAUAGCAAUGGCUUUCAUAGAUCAAGCGGCCCCUGAUAUUAAGAAGAAAUUACAGAGGCUAGAUGGCUUGCAGGGAUUUUCGCUUCAGGAGUUAGUAAAAGAGGCAGAUAAAGUAUAUAACAAAAGAGAAACAGAGGAAGAGAAGGAAGAAAGAAAGCAGAAAGAGCAGGAAGCCCGUGAAAUAAGACGGGAUAAGAGACAGGAGAGGAAUUUAAGUAAGAUACUGGCCACUGUGGUUGGAGGAAGAAAUAUAGGGGAUAGAAAUAGGCAGGAAGGGCGAACGGCAGACAGAAGGCGGCCAUUAGACAAGGACCAAUGUGCCUACUGUAAAGAAAAAGGACAUUGGGCGAGAGAAUGCCCUAAGAAAAAGAAUGGAGGAAGGCCAACCAGAAACAAAAUCUUAACAUUGGAAGAAGACUAGGAAAGUCAGGGCUCGAACCCUCUCCCCGAGCCCCGGGUAACUCUUAAAGUGGAGGGGGAACCUGUUCAAUUUUUGGUAGAUACCGGAGCCCAGCACUCCGUCCUUCUCCACUCAAAAGGUCCUAUCUCAGCUAAAAGGUCAUGGGUACAAGGAGCCACUGGGAAUAAACAAUAUUCAUGGACCACACGAAGGACAGUAGAUCUUGGGAUUGGACGAGUAACCCAUUCAUUUUUGAUUAUUCCGGAAUGCCCCUAUCCUUUGCUGGGAAGAGAUUUACUCUCCAAAGUAGGGGCUCAAAUCCACUUUCAGCCAGAAGGUCCCACCAUAACUGAUAAUAAGGGAAGGUUACUUCAAAUACUGACUAUGAAAUUAGAAGAUGAAUAUAAAUUAUACGAGCAGCCUUCAUCCUCACGAGUUAAUGUUACUGAUUGGGUAACUCGGUUCCCUCAAGCCUGGGCAGAAACUGCCGGAAUGGGGAUGGCCAAAAAUCGGCCCCCGGUGCUAGUGGAACUCAAGGCAACUGCCACCCCAAUAACGGUCCGUCAAUACCACAUGAGUAGAGAAGCCAAAGACGGUAUCCGUCCCCAUAUACAGAGGCUACUAGACUUGGGCAUCUUAAUAAGAUGUCAAUCAGCAUGGAACACCCCUCUCCUGCCGGUAAAGAAACCAGGAACAAAUGAUUAUCGGCCGGCGCAGGAUCUACGAGAGGUAAACAAACGGGUGGCAGACCUGCACCCCACAGUUCCAAACCCUUACAACCUCCUGAGCACUCUUCCACCUCAACAUACGUGGUAUACUGUUUUGGACCUUCCGGCUCCCAAAAGCGCCAGGCAGGUUAGAGAAUUUUUGGGGACGGCCGGAUUCUGUAGACUAUGGAUUCCAGGGUUUGCUGAGCUGACGGCCCCAUUGUACCCCCUAACCAAAAACAGCACUCCUUUCGUUUGGGGCGAUAAGGAACAACGGGCUUUUGACCAAAUCAAACGAGCUUUACUUUCAGCUCCAGCCCUAGGACUGCCAGAUGUAACCAAACCUUUUCAUUUAUAUGUGGCCGAAAAUAAGGGCAUUGCAAAAGGAGUAUUGACUCAGAAAUUGGGUCCCUGAAAUCGCCCAGUUGCUUAUUUGUCAAAAAAAUUGGACCCUGUGGCAUCAGGAUGGCCCACCUGUUUAAAGAUAAUCGCUGCAGUGGCCGUUCUAGUCAAAGAUGCUGACAAACUAACUUUAGGACAAAAUCUAACGAUAACAGCUCCUCAUGCCCUGGAAAAUGUAGUCCGUCAACCACCGGAUAGGUGGCUAACUACUGCCAGGAUGACCCAUUACCAAACCCUGUUGCUAAACUCAGAUCGCAUCAAGUUUGCUCCAGCCACAGGACUCAAUCCAGCCACCUUGCUACCUGAUCCUGACUUGGAAGGCUCCACCAUCAUACAUGAUUGUCAGGAAGUACUAGCCGCAGCACACGGCAGUAGGCCAGAUCUGAUGGACCUGCCCCUCCCUGAUGCUGAUUUCACCUGGUUCAUGGAUGGGAGCAGUUUCCUGGAGGAAGGUAAGCGUCGAACUGGGGCAGCCGUGGUAGACGGAAAACAAGUCAUAUGGGCAGCGGCGCUACCACAAGGGACCUCAGCCCAACGAGCUGAAUUAAUUGCCCUGACGAGGGCAUUAGAGAUGGCAGAGAAUAAAAAAGUAAACAUCUACACAGACAGUAGAUAUGCGUUUGCUACCACUCAUAUCCACGGUGCCAUUUACCAACAGAGAGGGCUACUAACUUCAGGUGGCAAAGAAAUUAAAAACAAAGACGAAAUCGUGGCUUUGUUGACUGCACUCAUGCUUCCUACUAAAGUCAGUAUCAUCCACUGCCCUGGACUUCAAAAAGGAAAUACCCCAAUAAUUAGGGGAAAUAAUAUGGCUGACAAAGUGGCCCGAGAAAUAGCAUCGGGAGAAGUCAUUUUAGGACUGUCAGAUAAAGUUCCUGAAAAACGAGGCCGCGAUGAAGAAAUCAUCCCGGCCACAACAAAAGGAACUUUGUCCCCUCAGCAAGCAGAAUCCAUGUUACAACAGAUGCACAGAUGGACACAUUUGGGGACUAAAAAGACGGUAGCCUUGUUACAAAAAGCCGGGUACGAAACCCCUGGAAUGACAAAAUUAGCUGAACAAAUUGUGCAGGAAUGCGUCCCAUGUCAACAGGUAAAUGCUCACAAAGGGAAACUUGAAACUGGAAAGAGACUCAGGGGGGACCGCCCAGGAACUUACUGGGAAGUGGACUUUACCGAAGUGCGUCCUGGAAGGUACGGUAAUAAAUACCUUUUAGUUUUUGUAGACACUUUUUCAGGAUGGAUAGAGGCUUUCCCAACAAAGAAAGAAACAGCUGCUGUAGUAGCCAAGAAGGUUUUAGAAGAAAUUUUUCCUCGAUUUGGAGCAUCAAAGGUAAUAGGGUCUGAUAAUGGUCCAGCCUUCGUCGCCCAGGUAAGUCAGGAUGUGGCCAGAUAUUUGGGGACUGAUUGGAAAUUACAUUGUGCCUAUAGACCCCAAAGUUUAGGUCAGGUAGAAAGAAUGAAUAGGACUCUAAAAGAGACCCUAACUAAAUUGUCCUUGGAGACUGGCGGUACCGAUUGGACGGUGCUCCUUCCUUUGGCCCUAUUCCGGGUUAGAAAUACACCUUCCCGAUACCAUCUUACUCCUUUUGAAAUAUUAUAUGGUGCCCCGCCUCCCCUCCUCACUUUAGGAAAAGAAAUAAAACCUGAUUGUCAAAAUAACACUGACUUAUAUGCUAGGCUACUGGGACUCCAAUUGGUCCAGAAAGAAAUAUGGUCCCAACUCGCCAAGGCCUACCAACCGGGAACACCGGGAGAAACUCAUCCUUUCCAAGUCAGAGACUCCGUAUACGUCCGUCGGCAUCGAACCCAGACGUUGGAACCUCGAUGGAAAGGACCAUACACCGUCCUCCUCACCACCCCAACGGCCAUAAAAGUGGACGGCAUCGCUGCCUGGAUCCAUGCUUCACAUGUGAAGGCUGCACCAGCGACGGCAUCAUCAGGAUGGCGGGCCCAAAGAACCGACAACCCGCUCAAACUCAAGCUUCUACGAACCUAAGACUUAUAAUUUUGGUUUUACUGCCUUUACUGACUGUAAGUGAUUUUAGCCCUCACCUCCCCCAACGUUUAACUUGGCAGGUAAUUUCUCAGACUGGAGAUGUAACCUGGUCCAUUAGUCAUACUGCACCCCCCUGGACCUGGUGGCCAGAUCUUUUUCGUGAUGUUUGUAAAUUGGCUAUAGGAGCACCUUAUUGGGAUACAGAAGAUUCUCAUGAUAUGAACACUGCCCCUUCCAAAGUUUCGGAAACUGAUUGGUUUGGGCCGGGUUGCAAAAAUGCAGGCAAAAGAAUGAUGCUUGGUAUCCUCACUUUCUACGUAUGCCCCGGGUUCCCCCGCCCUUGAUCUCUGAAUUAUAAAUGUGGUGGAACUGAAAACUUUUAUUGCAAAAGCUGGGGAUGUGAAACUACCGGGGAUACUAAUUGGAAACCCACCUCAACUUGGGAUUUUAUUACUGUAACGGCUAAUUAUUCUCAUAAUGAGGAUACCGGACACCGGAGUAAAUGUUCAGGAUGGUGUCAUCCCCUUAAAAUUUCCUUUAGUAAUCCCGGAAAAAGAGAUAAAAAAUGGAUAAAUGGUCAUUCUUGGGGCGUUAGAUUUUACAUGAGGGGAUAUGAUUUAGGAAUAUUAAUGACCCUUAAGCUAAAGAUUGAGACUCCUUCUCCUAUAUCAAUAGGCCCAAAUCCCAUACUUGGCCCCCCUUUGCUUCCCCCGGCCCCUUCAGCUACGUCAACAAAGAAUGAGACUAAUGAAACCUCUGGAUCCAAAGAACCCACAGUUAAGCCUGGGACUCCUCAGGAUAGGAUGCUUUCUUUGGUGCAGGCAGCCUUUACGGUUCUCAAUGCUACAAACCCAGAGGCUACAAAAUCAUGUUGGCUUUGCUAUGCUGCCCCUCCCCCUUAUUAUGAUGCUAUAGGAUAUAGCUCCAACUAUACUAAUUCUACCUCCUCCGACCAAUGUCGAUGGAAGCAAGAAGGGACCAGUAAAUUAACCCUGUCCUCGGUUUCUGGAAAUGGUACUUGUGUAGGAACACCUCCCCAGUCCCAUAGACACCUUUGUCAUGAUUUCAGCCUCCCUUCAGGCUCAGGAUAUCUUGUACCUCCUCAAGAUGGAUGGUGGGCAUGUAACACGGGGCUCACCCCUUGUGUCUCUUUAGAGGUUCUUAAUACUUCAGCUGACUUUUGUGUGUUAGUGCAAUUAGUCCCUAGACUUAUCUACCAUUCAGACUCAUCCUUUUUAGAUGAAUAUGUAGAAAAAACAAAAGAGAACCUGUAACCCUCACAUUGGCUGUCCUUCUAGGACUAGGAAUAUCUGCCGGGAUAGGAACAGGAACCACAGCCCUCAUACAACAACCCCAGUAUUAUGCAAGUUUAAGACAGGCUGUAGACAUCGACCUUCGAGCAUUAGAAAGUUCCAUAACUCAACUAAAGGAAUCACUCACCUCACUUUCAGAAAUGGUGUUGCAGAAUAGAAGAGGCCUAGAUUUGCUGUUUCUUAAAGAAGGGGGAUUAUGCGCCGCUCUAAAAGAAGAAUGUUGCUUUUAUAUUGAUCAUUCAGGAACCAUUACCAAAACCAUGGAUAAACUAAGGGAACGCUUAGAUAAAAGGCAAAGGGAGAGAGAAAACGAAAAAGGAUGGUUUCAAUCAUGGUUUGAUAAGUCCCCCUGGUUUACCACCUUAAUCUCUACUCUGUUGGGACCUCUUAUUGUUUUAUUGUUGAUUUUAACUUUUGGACCAUGUGUUCUAAAUCGCUUGAUAGCAUUUAUUAGAGAACGUAUCAGUACUGUACAAGUUCUAAUGUUAAGACAACAGUACCAAAGUUUACGAACAGAAGGUUGAGAUUCCAUGAUUGGAAUCAAUAGUCACAAGAAAAAGGGGGGAAUGUGGGACUCGAGGGACAUUGUUCCAGCUAAUGAUUAAGAACUCUCCAGACAAUAGGGGCUUCUUAGACAAUGGGUGAAUUUCCAGGAUGUCCGGCCCCCUUCCGAGAAGGAGGGAGAUAACAAAAUGUAAAAAAGGUGUCUGUCAAAGACCAAUCAGGCAGCUGGGGAGAAGGAGGGAGAUAACAAAAUGUAAAAAAGGUGUCUGUCAAAGACCAAUCAGGCAGCUGGGGACAAGUUCCCUCUCUGGUCCGAGCCUAAGCCGGGACCAAUCAGCAGGAGAACACAACCAAAUCUAUAAUUUACAUACGGGGAAAUGGGAACCUAUAAAACUGACAUAUUCGCGCCCAAAAGGGUUCCUUCUUCGACCUCCUACGUGAGGACCAAGGAACCCCGGUGCACCGGCCUUCAAUAAACCUCUUGCGUUUUGCAUCGGCUUCCGACUCUUGUUGUUUCCUGGGCGAGUCGAAA